CCCCCGCCGCCUCCCCCCUCCCCCCCGCUAGGUGCGCACCCAAACUGCACCACAAACUUCGCCGGCCGGGGCUGAGCUGAGCUCGGCUGGGAAGGGAGGCGAGGAGCGGCUGAAGGCUGCGGAGGAGCCGGGCUUCGCACCACGCCGCCUCCUCCUCCUCCUCCUCCUCCUCCUCCUCCUGCUCGGCUCCAGCUCUGCCCCCCCCCCUCGCCCCUCCGCAUGGACCUCCAGGCCGCCCCCAACGGCGUGGCCACCAUCGAGGACCGCAUCCUGCGCAUCACCGGCUACUAUGGCUACUACCCGGACUACUCCAGCCAGAAAAGUGCCUCCCGGUCCUCUGUCGUCCGAUGCAAGCCCGGAGUUCGCUGCCCCAACACGCAGGGUGGCGUCCGCAGGCAGCUCGCCCCUUUGACUGCCGCUGAAGAUUCUGUGGCUCCCAUUCUCGAGCUGCAGAGUCGGAGCCCCUCUGGAUUUUGCCGGCACGGCAGAGGAGAGAGGCAGGCCAGAUCAGGAGAAGAUGGACCCAAACCUGGCGAAACCGCUAACCAAGAGAGAGCACGGCGCACAGACCAGCUUCUGCGAAUCCUGCAAGUCCACGGAUUCCUCAAGAUGCGUCUGCGAGGAUUCUACGAUCAUUUUAUGCGGUCUCUCUUCCUCUUGGGUGGAACCACCCAUUAUCCGUUUUUCAUGACUUGGUUUUCAACAAACUGGAACAUUAUGUUUUUCCCUGUUUAUUAUUCUGGGCACCUUGCAACCGCUCAGGAAAAGCAAUCUCCAAUUAAAAAAAUCAGAAUCCGGGAGAUGUUUGCACAAGAAUAUAUGGUUCUCAUCCUCCAAGUGCCGAUCAAAAUUGUGGCUGCAAUAAUGGCCAUCACUGGGAUUGUGAUGAUGGCCUACGUGGACGAUUUCCCCGGCGAUUCGAUUCUCGGUGUGGCCUACGCUGUCGGAUCCGCCUCGACCUCAGCGCUGUACAAGGUUUUGUUCAAGAUGUUCCUCGGGAGCGCCAACUUCGGGGAAGCCGCCCACUUCGUGUCCACCCUCGGCUUCUUCAACUUGGUCUUCCUCUCUAUUACCCCCGUCAUCCUGUAUUUCACAAAAGUGGAAUACUGGUCGCCCUUUUCCGCUGUGCCGUGGGGCUACCUGUGCGGAAUAGCAGGACUCUGGCUGGCUUUUAACAUUUUGGUGAAUGUUGGCGUCGUGCUGACGUACCCCAUCUUGAUAUCCAUCGGGACUCUGCUGAGUGUUCCCGGCAAUGCAGCUGUGGACCUGCUCAAAGACGAAAAGAUCUUCAGCGCCGUGCGGCUGGGAGCCACAGUUACCAUCUGUCUUGGGUUUUUGCUGAUGCUUCUUCCAGAGGAAUGGGACGAAAUCACGCUGAGAUUCAUCAACAGCUUAAAGGAAAAGAAAAGCGACGAUCACCCCGAGGAUGUCACGGACUCCAGCAUGCCUUUCAGGAGUAGAAGCCGAGCCAACGGGAUGGUUUCGAUACCGCUGGCUUAGAACCGGCGACCUUGUCGCUCCCCAGGAAUGUAUACUCUGCGAAGAGAAUCCAAUCAAAUUUUUUCUCACCCACCCGCAUACUCGAAAACAGACAGGUACUGUCUCAAGCCGGAGAUCGCCUGAACCCAUCAGUACGGAACUGUUUGCAUUUAUACACAGAUCAAAACGCAAGUGUAAAUAAUGGCAAUAAAUUCUUUUUUAUUAAAAAAA